AUGCUGCAGUCCCAGGGCAGCACUGACGCACGCAGUAUUAUCUUCUGUAUCGCCAUGUCAGAUUUGUACGUCCUUCCAAACACCUGGUACCGCGUCACCUAUCUACUUUUGAAUGGCACAAGCGGCCGUUCUGCCUAUCCCUUUAAGUCGCCGCCCACAGGAGCGGCAAUGCUUCUCGCGGCAGCAACUAUUACGUUCAUCAUAUUUGUGGUACCCUGA